AUGCCGUCUUUACCCAAGGGACUAAUAGAUCUGCUUUCGAAGGGUGUUCCGGAGACUAUUUUCAAGUACAAGAAACCAUUCAUUAUUAAAUUCGGUUCGGUUUCUCUGUCGUUAGUGUUCCUUACAUAUGGGCUAACCUUUGCAGAUACCUCAUUGAACACAGCAAACUCAUACUAUAAUGGUGCCACUGACAAGGAGAAGAACGAUUGGAAGUUCUUGCUGAAGAUUUAUAGUCCGAUAUCGCUGGCGAUCUUACCAUUGACAUUGUCGAUGGGAUCCUUAUAUCUCUCCUCCAGGGUUGUAUCGAAGAUUACUUAUAUUCCUAAGUUACAAGGAACACCAGAAUGUGAAUUUGUAAGAAGCUCCAUGUUUCUUGGGAGACAAAUAAGGCUACGUGCACCACUGGGACAGAUUAGUAAGAGUCAGACUUCUAGGAUAUUUACCGGGGUUGGACCUCAAGGUAUUGACGAUAAGUCUACGUUUAUCUUUUUCCUUAUUGACCGUAACCCCAAGUUGAAGACGUUUUGGAAUAAGUUCUAUAUACUUUCCAGAUCAGGUUCAGUUUGGAACUCUGAUGGUAGAAUCAUCGAUUCGUUGUUUGGUGACGCUAAAGGUGACACUGAAGGUUUACUAAUGAGAAAGAUACAUACACCCGAACAAGUAGCAAAAGUUAAAGUUUUAGAUGAGUUAAUAAAAUCAAGCAGUACUAAGAAGAACAAGUUUCAUUCUGGCAUGAAUAGAUCUGAUAUCAUAAAGAAUAUCGUGAAGAACAAAUGA